AAGAAAUAAAAAAACGAAAAGACAAACAAUUUUUUCUUGUUGUUUAAAGAUCAUCUUAUGUUCUGUUUUCAUCUUUUACACAACCUUUGAAUGGCAUCGAAUAAUCAACCGCGACAGCAACAAGAUCGACCAUUACCAAAAUUUGGAGAAUGGGACGUGAACGAUCCAGCAUCAGCCGAAGGGUUCACGGUAAUAUUCGCUAAAGCUCGAGACGACAAAAAGACAAAUGCAAGUGGUCGUGCCACCUCACAACGCCGUGACAAUAACAAUAAAUCUCAAGAUGAACCUACGAAGAAACGGUUCUGCUGUUUCUGAAGAACACAUCAGAUGAACAAGCAAAAAGCUGAGUCGAUAACAUUUGUUAAAUC